UUUAUAAGGCCAAUAGAUUGCAAAAGCUAGCUUUGAAGCUUCCCAUCAUAUUAUCACUUUAUCCUUCCGCAAUCGUGCUGGACCCAUAAAGCCGGUUUUACAUUGUCAACCAUUUACAUCAAUCAACUAAUCUAGGUAACUUCGCAUAUGGUGACUAUGAACCGACGGCGUGAACCAAAGCCCAAACUGCCAUGUCACCAUUUCGCCCAGCAUGGCAGAUGUAGAUUUGGGGCCGGAUGUAAAUUCUCGCAUGACAUCUCAACAUCCCAAGCAGGUUCAUCGCAAGCAUGGUCACAACGUAGGAACCAUCAAGAGACGCCAGCUCCAGCCGGGGACCGCCUUCGAGAAUGGAAGCAACUGCUUAAAUCGAACUCUUCAAAUUCUCGCUUCACUCGUUCAUCUACUUCGAUGAGCUCCCAGACAUGCGAUCGAUUUUUCAAGCUCGCUCUUGAGCUAAUGGAGGGAGAUAUUGGGGUUUCACAGGAGACUGUCAAGCUUAUGGCCCAAGAAUCUGGCCUCGAGUUCAUUAAGAAUCUUACUGAUCGACAAAUCCUCGAAGCCACGGACAAAUCCACUAAGAAUCGUCUAUGGCUAAACCAGAUACAGCCGAUGUUUCUUGUUCUUACUCAUACUCGAGUUAUCGAUUCCAAUGUGCUUGAGCAACAAGUCGCUACCCUCUACAACUUCAUCCAGGGAAUUGGCGGCAAGCGAAUGAAAAUCCUAUUUGAUUUCAUCUUAGACCUGCUUGACGUCUGGUCUGAUACGCCUAUGGCCAAAGAGGAUGCGUAUGGUAUAUCCACUUGUGAGCUUUCGCUCUCAGUUUUGGCUACGAUGGUAGACUGCAAUACUAGUAACAUCAUCAACGACAAUUUUCACCAGAUCCUCGUGCGAUUUGAGAACCGCGUGCGAGCUGCUAACAAUUCGCCCAAUGAUUUCUCGAAACUACAAUCUCAGAAACACCUGCAGUACCUUGGCCGACGCCUUGGGGUUGGUGAGGCGCUGAAUGAAGUUGAUGUGCGAAAGAAAGUUCCGGUGAAAAGAGCUGAAUUCGUCAUGCGAAAAGAUCUUCCUGGGCGGCUGUCGGCGGAAGGGCCACGACAUGACAACGACCACGAUGAUUUCUGCCAGAUCAGGAUUCUACCUACCUAUGAAGAAAUUACUUCAAUACGCAAUGAAUACCUACCGACUACUGAUCCAACCUUAUUCCAUAGGCCGGGUAUUCAUGGUCGUCUUGACAGAGAAUUCCGUCUGUUACGAGAGGAUACAGUGGGUCAACUGCGAGAUGCAGUUGCUGCACAACUCGAGACCAUGCGAAAUCCUAAGCAGAAACAAGAUCGUGGCAACAAAAACAACAUUCGAACCUACGCGUACGACGAUGUUUUAGUCGUCGAUAUUGAUUUCAGCAAAUUUCGUGGCAUGGAGUUGCUUAUUCGAUUCCGUCAGCCUACAUCGAAAAAGACUGCUCAACAACGUCGAGACUGGUGGGAGAACUCUAAGCGUCUCCAGCCUAGUGCGCUGGUUUGCAUUGUUUCCGAGAAGCAGGAUGUGUUGUUCGGCGUUGUUAGCGAAAAUACAAUUGUAACCGAUGGGAAGAAAACCGAGGGCGAGGAAGCCUCGAAGAAGCCAUCACUUGCUGAUGAUGAGAUAUUCGCCUACGUAUAUCUACAUCUUGCUGAGGCGUGCCCAAAUGAUAUUGAACAAACACUCCAAUGGUUCCAGCAUAUUGGCCACAAGAAUCAGCAACGAUGCCUUGUAGAGUUUCCCCGUGUUCUGUUACCCUCAUUCCAGCACACCCUCAUGGCCCUCCAACGCAUGUCAGAAAAGUCUAACGUGCCUUUUGAUGAUCUGCUUGCCCCGGCCGAGCAGAUACCAGAACUAGACACGAAAAUGGUCGAACCCCCUCAGUAUACAACCAAGCCAGGGUUUUCUUUCAAUUUAAGUUGCCUGACAGGUAACGAUACAGUUUUGAAUCAUUCGCCUCGAGCUCCACUCGACCCUCAAACCCUGUCAAAUCAUUCUUCACUCGAUCUGACCCAAUCCUCUGCUCUCCUGAAUACACUAUCAAGGAGAGUAGCUCUAAUACAAGGCCCACCCGGCACUGGGAAAAGCUAUACUGGAGAGAAGAUCAUAAAAGUGCUACUUGCGAACAAAAGCCAGGCUAGUCUGGGACCCAUUCUCUGCGUAUGCUAUACCAACCACGCUCUAGAUCAAUUGCUAGUACACUUGAAGCGCGAGAAGGUCAAGAUCAUUCGAAUUGGAUCAAGGUCUAAAGCGGAUGAAUUAGAGGAUGUCAAUCUCCGUGUCGUAGCCCAAGCUGCAGAGCGCACGAAGCCUGAAAAAGGCUCUCUCUGGGAACUAAGGAAAGAGCGUGAUGAUGACGCUCUCUCGAUAUCGAAAUCGAUCCAGGAACUUGCAGCCUGUCAAACUCCGGCCAAAAUACGGGCCUAUCUUUCCGAAUUCCAUCCCCAACAUUAUGGAUCCUUGUUUGCCAUAGAGGACGAUGAAGGUUUCCAACUACAACAUCGUCCAAAUACUGGCCAGCUCCUUGACCAAUGGAGGCGUAGUGGUGUACGAGACAACUCAGCUCCUCGCAGCAUCGGCAAUUUGCUCAAGGGAGAUGUUUGGACUAUGACUAAUGCUGAGAGGUUGCGCCUUUAUAAUUCCUGGUUGCAAAGAAUACGUGAUCCGCUCAUAGCCGACAUCACAAACAGAUACCAGAGCUACGAACAUACCAAAAAAGAAUUAGACAAGGUGUCUCGUGAUCUCGAUCUCCGAUGCUUACACGAAUCGGAUGUCGUUGGGGUUACAACAACUGGCCUAGCAAGGAACAUCGAACUGCUCCAAAAGUUGAGAUGUAAGGUGAUGCUAUGUGAGGAGGCCGGCGAAGUUCUCGAAGCGCACACUCUUACUGCCCUACUCCCAUCCGUCGAGCACGCCAUUCUCAUCGGCGAUCACCUACAACUAAGGCCUCAGAUUGCGAACUAUGAUCUUCAGAGCACAAGCCACCGAGGGGCUCAGUACUCUUUAGAUGUCUCGCUAUUCGAGCGUCUAAUCAAUCCAGCAUACGACACUGAUCCAAGACUGCCGUAUGAUACACUAGAAACUCAAAGACGAAUGCAUCCAAAUGUUUCCGAGUUGAUUCGGUCGACCCUAUACCCAACACUAGAAGAUGGUGGAAUGGUAACCAAGUAUCCAGAAAUUGCCGGCAUGAAGAAACGCUUAUUUUGGUUGCACCACGAGUCGCCGGAGGACCAAGCGAUGCAACUCGACCCAACGACAACUUCGCAUACAAACACAUUCGAGAUCGAGAUGACUGUAGCACUCGUCCAGCACUUAGUAAGACAAGGAUCGUAUGGUGCAGAUGACAUCGCCGUAAUUACGCCUUAUCUAGGACAACUCCAUCGUCUCCGCCGUGAGAUGGGGAAGUUGUUGGAGAUAUCAGUUGGCGAGAGAGAUCUAGAGGAGCUUGAAGCCCUCGAGGCAGAUAACUUGACAGACGAAAACUCGGCUGCCCAGCCACAGAAAUCUCUCGCCGUCAAGAGAACCUUAUUGAAGAGCAUUCGGUUAGCAACUGUCGACAAUUUCCAGGGCGAGGAGGCCAAGGUAGUGGUUAUCUCACUCGUGAGGAGCAAUAAUGCGAAUAAAUGCGGCUUCUUGAGCACGUCCAACCGCAUCAAUGUCCUGCUGAGUCGAGCCCAGCAUGGUAUGUAUCUAAUCGGGAACGCCAAUACUUACAGGCACGUAGAUAUGUGGGCCAAGGUGCUUAGAAUUCUCGAGAGAAAUGGAAACAUUGGAAGAGAACUGGAGUUACAGUGUCCCCGACAUCCUGACCCGGAAGAGCCCCUUUUGGUGUCUAAGGCUGAUGAUUUCUUGAGAGUCGCACCUGAAGGGGGUUGUAUUCUUCGUUGCGACCGACGCCUGACUUGUGGACAUCCUUGUAUCAACAGAUGUCACCAUGAGAAUCUACACAACGCUGUCAAAUGUCUUGAACCUUGCCCUAGACUCAAAAAAGGUUGUCAGCAUCCAUGCAGGCUUGUUUGCGGCGAUCCUUGCAAGCCGAAGUGUGACGAGUUCUUGCCGAACCUCAACAUCACCCUUGCCUGCGGCCAUAAAAUAUUCUCGGCCUAUUGCUGGGUGGCGCAAGAUCCUUCAUCCAUCGCUUGCAAGCAGAUGGUCAAGAAGAAGGUCCCUGGCUGUGACCACGAGGUUGAGGUUUUUUGUCACACAGAUGUCAGUGCCGAUACAUACAGAUGUGGGAAGAUGUGCCUCGAUCCUCAACCGUGUGGCCAUUCCUGCAAGAGCCCAUGCUAUAAAUGCAAAGAGAGGAAAGAAGGGAAGAUUUUCAAGACGAGGCACAAAUUAUGCAAGCAGCAAUGCGGGCGGAAGUAUACGACAUGCAGUCACAACUGCCGACAGGAAUGUCAUGGUAAGGCCGCAUGCCCCCUGUGUCCAGCACCCUGCGAAGUACGCUGCAGUCAUUCCAGAUGUAGCAAGCAGUGCCAUGAACCUUGUGCACCAUGUGCUGAGCAGACUUGCCCAUCAAGCUGUCCUCACUCGAAGUGUACUAUGCCGUGUGCAGCUCCCUGCGACUGGGUGCCUUGUUCGAAAAGGUGUGAGAAACUUUUGGACUGUGGACACCGAUGCCCGUCUGUGUGUGGCGAGACUUGUCCCAACAAGAUAUUCUGCCAGACGUGUUGCUCCGAAGACAGAAAGAAAAUGAUGGUAGAUUUUAUCAUGGGCACGGAAUAUCGAGACGUCGAUCUAGACGAGGAUCCUUGCAUCUUCCCAGACUGUGGCCACUUUGUCACGAAGACUAGUAUGGAUGGCAUCAUGGACAUGAAAGCCCAUUACAAAAUGUCGGCCGAGGACAGCCCAACUGCCAUUGGCAAUGCCUCCAAACCAUUUUCAAUGAAGGAGGUCAAGACCUGUCCUACUUGCCGUGGAUCUCUUCGGAAUAUUGCUAGAUAUGGGAGGAUUGUCCGACGGGCUAUGCUCGACGAGGCUACCAAGAAAUUUGUCGCUUGGUCUCACAUUGAGUAUGCGAAAUUGGCAAACAGCUUGCUUGAUGUACAAGAGCGCCUGUCGAAGACAGAAGCAACUUCCGGAGGGCCUCGACAAACUCCUCAGUCGAGCAAGAUGAAGGAACUAUCGACUGGGCGUAUGAAACAAAUCCAGCUCAUCAGCGAUUGGAUAGGCGGUAAAAGGUACGACGAAGCUGCGAAGCUCUGGCACGGAUUAAACGUAUUUAUUGGUCAGGUGAAAAGAGAAGAGCAGCCGUUCCAAAAAGUCAACAACUUCGUCCAAUAUGCUAUUCAGCAACGGAAAACUGAAGGAAUCUUUGCCUUCGACGAAACGAUGAUCCAACAUGGAGCGCUUCUCCAAGCACUUUCGCUUUGGCUGAAAUGCGAUAUCAUUAUUGUCUCCGACUUCAUGGCACGAUUGGAAAAUUUGCGAUUAUCCCAUAAUAACACGCUUAAGCUAGAUUUUUCGCAGCAUAUCAGAGACUGUGAUGCUUUAGCAGAAGGCGCCCGCACGGCGAAGCACCCUAGACAGGAAACUGAGGCAUAUAUCUACUGUGCGCAAUUCUGUGCUUUCAAUCGAGCUUUUUUGACGGACGGCGAGGACCCAUCGAGCGAUUCCGACAAAGGAAAGAGGGAUAGCCUCAAAGAGAAAGCCUCGGAACGGCUAGCCCUCGCUCGUGGUCUAGUCGAAAAGUAUGAAAGCCAGACUCAAGGCCUGAGCGCAGAGCUUGAAGCUACGGAGAAGAUGAUACGCGAUAAUGUGUUUUAUGAACCCGUCUCUGCGGAUGAAAUGCGAGCGGUAUACGAGGCCAUGACGCGGGAGUUCCGCGGAACGGGCCAUUGGUACAACUGCGAAAACGGCCAUCCCUUCACAGUUGGCGAGUGUGGAAUGCCGAUGGAGCAAGCUAGAUGUCCGGAGUGCGGAGCGGCUGUCGGUGGUUACGACCACAGGCCUGUCGAUGGAGUGCGGCAUGCUGAUGAUAUUGAAAACCUCGCUCGUGGUAUUGGUGAGAUGGGGAUUCAUUGAGCCGGUGUGCCUAGAGAGUUUCCGUUAUUGCAGCGUAAGAUUGGAUAGGUACCUAGGUAGGGACAACAAUGAACCUCGAUGGUUAGUAUAUGACCGCUCUAAGACGUGUGA